GUGUUUAUGAUCAGCCAAACUCCCCCCCCCCUUUUUUUUUCUUUCCCAUCACAAUUUCUAACUCAAUGGUGUUUACAUUCUCGUCAUUAUCUGUGGUUGGUUGUCGUAGAUCGUAGAUGAGUUGAAGGUUGAAAGUGUAAAUUUGUAGGUUUUGUUUCAUAAUAUUUUUACUUUGAGUAUACGUUGUCAAUUAUGUUAUUGUUUUCUAAGUGAUGGAAAGUUGAUGAACAGAACCACCAUGUCUGGACGUAGAACCAACACGGCCACUGCUCGCCUGAAGCAGGACUACUUGCGCCUGAAGAGAGACCCAGUGCCGUACAUCGUCGCGGAGCCCUUGCCGUCCAACAUGCUGGAGUGGCAUUACGUUGUGAUAGGCCCACAAGAGACACCUUAUGAAGGGGGCAUGUACCAUGGCAAGCUUGUUUUCCCUGGGGAGUUUCCUUUCAAGCCUCCAAGUAUUUACAUGACAACACCAAAUGGAAGGUUCAAGACCAACACGCGACUGUGCUUGUCCAUAAGUGACUUCCACCCGGACACAUGGAACCCUGCCUGGAGCGUGUCCACCAUCCUCACGGGGCUGCUCAGCUUCAUGAUCGAGAAGAGCCCCACGUACGGCAGCACCGAGUCCUCGGAGUACGAGAAGCGGCAGCUGGCGGCCCAGAGCUUGCAGUUCAACCUGCGGGACAAAACUUUCUGCGAACUGUUUCCGGAUCUUGUUUCGGCGAUCAAGACUGAGUUAGAGAGGAGGGCGGAAGCAGAGCGUUCGGCACGCAACACAUCCCAGUCUGUGUCGUCCAGCGACAUGCAGACGCUCUUCAGGAACCAGUUCGGCCACAACGAGCAGUCUCCUCUGCACAGCGCCAUCACCAACAUCUGCGUGAUCAUCGGGGUGGCAGCAUUCGCCUACACCGUCAAGUACGUCCUGCGGAGCAUAGCGACGGAUUGAGGCGGUUCCCCCUGGUCGGCGUGGAACACAGACUUUGUGAAUCAUGCUGUAGUGCAGUAUUCUCCAACUUAUCAUGAAAUAUUUUUGUUGCAUAAAAAGUAAUAUAUUUAUACAUGUUUUUUGAGUGACUCGUCCAAGGACCAUAUUUUCUUUGUGGAUUAUUGAUAUAAUCUUUAGAUAAAACUGAAUACAUUUUUGUACAAGUCACACGUACUAAUCAUACGAUACUUGAGCUUGGCGCUGUUUAAUGUAUUUUACAAUAUUCAGAUAAUCUAAAUAUACUUGAAUAUAUUGUAGUAUAAUAAAAGUUGUAAAAAUAUUC